AUGCUCUCUUCUGCGUACGCUCUGGUUCUGGCCGUUGGCCUUGUCACGGCUGGCACUAUUCCUGGCAGACGUGGACCUGUGUUGGAAGCACGCGAUGGUUCGUUGCCAUCGUUGCCCUACGACCCCAACACGACGAGUUCCUGUACCUGGUGGGCUGAUAUCAGGUCGGCUACCACCUGCGACGAUAUCAUCAGCGAGAACUUUAUCUCCUUGGCCAAGUUAACACAAUGGAAUCCUUCCAUCUCCGCUACCUCUUGCUCGGUAGAGAUCGGCAAGUCGUACUGCGUCGAGGCUCCCUACGUGGAGCCUGCGCCCGGUACCUCCAUUUCUUCGACCAAAGCGGCGACUAGCCCCAUGUCUAGUACCGCCACUUCGUCCUCAUCUGCCUCUACCACCGUUGUUCCUCCAGUGACCACCACGGCACCUGGAAAUGGCAUCACCACUCCCACUCCCACCCAGGCCAGCAUCGUCGACAACUGUGACGCCUUCCACUUUGUGACGGCCGGUCAGACGUGCGAGGUGAUUGCAUCCCUAUACGGCAUCUCCCAGGACCAGUUCAAAGAAUGGAAUCCCAGUGUUGGCGCCUCCUGCACUGGACUCUGGGCCAAUGCCUAUGCUUGCGUGUCCAUCAUCGGCCACACCCCGACCAAGCCGACCACCACCACCACCACAACCGGGAAUGGCAUUGCCACCCCGACGCCCACUCAAGCCUCCAUCGUGAACAACUGUGACGCCUUCUACUUUGUCGUUGCUGGUGACACGUGCGAGGCCAUUGCGGCAAAGAACGGUAUCACACAGGCUCAGUUCCUCAGCUGGAACCCGAGCGUGGGCUCAACCUGCAAUGGACUCUGGGCCAAUGCCUACGCCUGCGUCUCCAUCGUCGGCCACACCCCGACCAAGCCGACCACCACCACCACCACCACCACUACUAGCGUCGGAAACGGUAUUGCCACCCCGACGCCUGUUCAGCCGAACAUGGUCAAGAACUGCGACCUCUUCUACAAGGUCAAGUCUGGAGACACGUGCGCCACCAUCGCGGCUGCCAAGGGCGUCACCGUGGCGCAACUGACGACCUGGAACCCCUACGUCAAGUCCGACUGCAGUCUCCUGUGGGUCGACUACAACAUUUGUAUCUCCAUUGUCGGACACACGCCCACGCCCGUCAAGCCCGGCAACGGCAUCCAGACGCCUACCCCUAUCCAGAGCGGCAUGACCACCUCGUGCAGGACCUUCCACUUUGUGACGUCCGGUCAGACCUGCCAGACCAUCAUUGCAAAGUACGGCAUCACCCAGGCCAACUUUGUCAAAUGGAACCCGGCGGUCAAGAGCGACUGUACUGGAAUGUGGGCGAAUGCCUAUGUUUGCGUGGCUGUCCUCUGA